AUGAACAUUGAAGGUCAUGCCAGAAACUUUGAAGCAUAUGAACUACCAAAAAUGUUAGAUAAGAAAGCUGACAAAGAACAUACACAUAAAUCCUUCACUACUGUUAGAGCAGACGACAUAAUAUUGAACUAUACCCUCGGUUCAAGUGCACCUUUAGAGAAUCCGAGUACAAGCGUAAAAGAUACUCUUAACAAUUUAGAUAACAGUUGCAGGAAUAUCGAAGAUCAUGCCAGAAACUUUGAAGCAUAUGAACUACCAAAACUGUUAGAUAAGAAAGUCGACAAAACUUAUGUAGAUGAAAAUUAUGCAAAGAAGUCGGAAGUAAAUGCUGCGCUUAAUGGAAAAGCCGACAAGAACCAUACACAUGAAGAAUUUCAAACAAUCAAGAUUAAAGAAAUUAAAGCAUGCAUCGAAAUAGUAACAAAAACAGGAAGAAACGGUGCAACUGUACAAGAACAAAGAAUUUAUCCUCCUACUUUUCCUAAUGGUUUAAUAACAAACAAUAUAAAUAUUGUAGAUGGCAAUGGAUUUAUAAAUGUUAAACAUGAACUUCAAACAAUGAAGACUCAGGUUCUUGAAACCAUAUAUCCUAUAGGCUCAAUUUAUACGUCAAUGAACUCAACAAAUCCAGCAACAGUUCUGGGUUUUGGUACGUGGCAGCAGAUUGUAGACAAAUUCUUAUACUGUGCUAACUCUUCAAAGCAAACAGGAGGCUCAAAGAAAAUUAAAGAACCAAACUUACCUGCGCACACUCAUACAGGAACUACAAACACAACAGGUAAUCAUUCACAUUCAAUAACAAAAAGAGGUUAUACAAAUCUUGCAGCAGGUUCGGAUAGACAGGGAAUGCAUAGAUAUGAUAUUUCAAGCGACCCAGUAGAUUCAAGCGCAGUUAUUUUCUGUGAAACCACAGGAAAUCAUUCACACACUUUCACAACAAAUCCAACAGGCUCGGGUGCAGAUUAUAUGCCACCAUUUGUGACUAUAUUCGCAUGGUACCGCGUUCAAUGA